AUGGCUCCAACAACGGAAUUGGCAGCGGCCACAAUGGCCGAGGGCGAUAACAAGACGACGAGGGCCCGAGAUGAGGCUGCUGCGGUGGAAUCAGAUACCGAAACGUUGCUUCAGGGAGUUGAUGAGAGGAAGUUGCUGCGGAAGCUGGAUCUUUACAUUAUUCCUCUUGUCAUGGGUUUGUAUCUGUUUAGUUUUCUUGAUAGAGUCAACAUUGGAAACGCUCGACUGUACGGACUCGAGGAAGACCUUCACCUCUCGUCUGAACAGUUUCAAGUUACCGUUUCCAUCUUUUUCGUCACAUAUCUCCUCUUCGAGGUGCCAUCAAAUCUCGUACUCAAACUCUUCACUCCCCGCCGAUGGGUAUCAUUCAUUGUCAUCGCAUGGGGCAUCAUUGCCACCCUUACGGGACUGGUACAGUCCUACGGAGCACUCAUCGCUUGCCGUUUACUCCUAGGAGUUGUCGAGGCGGGCCUAUUUCCCGGCCUCAGCGUCUAUCUCACCUUCUUCUACACCAAGCACGAACUGGCUCUGAGGAUUGGCUAUCUCUUUGUCAGUUCUGCUAUAGCCGGCGCUCUGGGUGGACUGUUGGCUUAUGGCAUUGGACACAUGGAUGGACUCUGUGGCAUGAGCGGAUGGCGGUGGAUUCUCAUCAUCGAAGGUAUUCCGAGCGUGGUUCUCGGUGUGGUCACUUUCAUUGCGCUGCCGAAUGAUGCGGAAUCGGCAUAUUUCCUGACGAAAGAGGAGAAGCUUCUCAUGGAAGAGAGACACAGGCGGGAAUAUGGAAACACAGCUACUAGCCGUCAGUUCAGCCGAGUCGACAUGAUGAGGGCUUUCAAGGACUGGAAGGUGUGGGCAUUUUCUUUUGCGCAGUUUGGUGUUGAUACUAUGCUCUAUGGGUUCUCGACUUUCCUGCCCACAAUCAUUGAUGCUCUCGGUGAAUGGAGCGUUGCUCAAGUCCAACUUCUCACCAUCCCGUGCUACUUCCUCGGAGCGGUGACCUAUAUGAUCAUUGCUAUGCUCUCCGAUAAAUUCCAGAUGCGAGGAAUAUUCUGUGUCCUCUUUGGCUGUAUCAGCAUCAUCGGCUAUGGUGUCUUGUUGUCCGACUCGGCUCCUGGAGUGCACUAUUUCGGAUGUUUUCUUGUUGCGGGUGGUUUAUACGUUGUCGUUGGUCUUCCAAUCGCUUGGCUGCCGAAUAAUUCCCCUCGAUAUGGCAAAAGAACAACUGCGACGGGUUUGCAGCUUACUUUUGGAAACGCCUCUGGAAUCAUGUCUGCAUUCAUAUACCCUGCGCUCGAUAAACCUCGCUUCAUUCGCGGCCAUGCCGUCUCGCUCAGCAUGGUCGGCGUGGGAAUCUGCAUAUACGGCUUUCUCUGGUACUGGCUCUGGAAGACGAACAAGCGUCGUGAUGCGGGCGAGUUGCCGCGAGAACACGAGGGUUUGCUAGAGGAAGAGCUCAAGGAGCUGGGAGACGACAGUCCUCAUUACAGAUAUACGAUUUAA